AUGGGCGAUAAACAGGACGACUUUCUCCAAGAUUAUGCCUCGUAUCGGCCGAAAUACGCUGGGUACGCAAGGCAGUUACAAUUCUCCAUGAGCUUGCACGAAGGAAUCGAUCUGGCAGGCCAGUGUAUCAACGGUUCCCCCGAUCUGAUCUCAGUUGCAGACGUAACAGUGACGUAUCAUCGAGGAUUGCCGAAGAUCACGGUACCGUUGCCGUCCAGGAGGGAGCACUGCGUGUUUACCCUGAAACCAAUAACCCACACCGUGGGCGACUUCAUCAGGAUGCUGAAGCGAGAGGAUCGCGGGAUCGAUCGUGCAAGCGUGACGACGCUCGACGGCAUCAGAAUAGGCUCGAACAACACGAUAGAAACACUAAUGGAUGAGGACUUCCGGCUGAUAAUAAACGACAACGAGUACGUCGUUACGCCGCCGUUGCAUCACAGGUACACUAUGGAAAACGUGGAGAAGUUGUCCGACGUGCAAACAUUGAUUGGACAACUGUACGAGGCGUUCCAUGUUCGUGAGCAUUACUCCGACAUGGAGAAGCAAGUGUUGGCCGAGUUGGAGACAGUCAGGCUGGAGUUGGAGCCUAUGGAACAGAAACUGAUGGACUUGGAGACCACGGCCGCCAGGAAGGCAAACAUCUUCAUCUGGAUGUGUCUAGUCUUGAUGUCUGUUCAGUUUAGCGGCCUAGCCAGACUAACUUGGUGGGAGUACUCGUGGGACAUAAUGGAACCGGUCACCUAUUUUGUUACCUAUGGUACCACAAUGGCUUGGUUCAUCUAUUUCGUUCUAACAAAACAGGUGAACGAUUUCAAACUCUCAGACGUAUACUUGAUGGAAUACAUGCUGCCUGAUGUGCUGAACAGACGUCACUUAAUCGCCCUCCACAAGAAAGCCAGGCAAGCUGGCCUAGAUAUCGACCAAUACAAUGCCCUAAAGGACAAAGCUUACGAAUUGGAGACCACCUUAAAGAUUAUCCGCGGGCCUCUAUACGAGCAUCAGAGCCGUAUAGAACAGAUGAAAAGAUCAAGAUCAAGAUCAAGCUCAAGUAGUUCCAGAUCACCCAGUUCAUCACCUAGUCCUAGUCCUAGUCCUAGUCCUGAAAGGAGUCUUCCUAAAAAAGGCAUCUUUCCACUACAAGACACACUUAAGAAACCGGUUCCCCAAGGAGCACAAUUCAGUCCGGCUUGGAUGCUCAAAGAAACAAGGGAUUGA